CGCUGGUCUCUGGCAGAAACCCCGUAGUGCAGCACAGCAGCGCCAUUCGGUAACUGCAACAGUAUCCAAAAUGGCAGGAGCUGAUGGAGACGAUUCUCUCUACCCUAUCGCCGUUCUCAUUGAUGAACUGCGAAACGAGGAUGUUCAGUUGCGACUGAACAGCAUCAAGAAACUGUCUACUAUUGCUCUGGCCCUCGGUGUAGAGAGGACUCGCACUGAACUUCUUCCUUUCCUCACAGACACCAUCUAUGAUGAAGAUGAGGUACUCUUGGCCUUGGCAGAGCAGCUUGGCAAUUUCACUAUGUUGGUGGGAGGACCCGAGUAUGUCCACUGUCUCUUGCCUCCUCUGGAGAGCCUAGCUACAGUGGAGGAGACAGUAGUCAGAGAUAAAGCUGUUGAGUCCCUGCGGAAGAUCUCUCAGGAGCACUCUCCAGUAGACCUGGAGGUCCAUUUUGAGCCCUUGGUCAAGCGGCUGGCAAGUGGUGACUGGUUCACUUCUCGCACAUCUGCCUGCGGCCUCUUUAGUGUUUGUUAUCCUCGUGUUUCCAGCACUGUUAAGGCUGAGAUCCGUCAGCAUUUUCGCACCUUGUGUUCAGAUGACACACCAAUGGUCCGUCGUGCUGCAGCAUCUAAAUUGGGGGAGUUUGCCAAAGUCCUGGAGUUGGAUUAUGUUAAAAGUGACAUAAUUUCCCUUUUCACUGCUCUGGCCUCAGAUGAGCAGGACUCAGUGCGGCUGCUUGCAGUGGAGGCUUGUGUUAGUAUUGCCACUCUGCUGCCUCAGGAGGACUUGGAGACCCUCGUGAUGCCAACUCUUCGCCAAGCUGCAGAGGACAAGUCCUGGAGGGUUCGCUACAUGGUGGCUGACAAGUUUUCAGAGCUCCAGAAAGCUGUGGGCCCAGAAAUCACCAAGAACGAUUUGGUCCCAGCUUUCCAGAAUCUUCUGAAGGACUGUGAAGCUGAGGUCCGUGCUGCUGCAGCCAAUAAAGUCAAAGAAUUCUGUGAGAACCUCCCAGAAGAUAAUCGUGAGCAGAUCAUCAUGACUCACAUUCUGCCCUGCGUCAAGGAACUUGUGUCAGACACCAACCAGCAUGUGAAGUCAGCCCUGGCCUCGGUCAUCAUGGGUCUGUCAACCAUCCUGGGCAAAGACAACACAAUAGAGCACUUACUGCCUCUCUUCCUGGCUCAGCUCAAGGACGAGUGCCCUGAGGUGCGUCUCAACAUCAUCUCCAACUUGGACUGUGUGAAUGAGGUGAUUGGCAUCCGUCAGCUCUCCCAGUCGCUUCUGCCAGCCAUUGUGGAACUGGCAGAGGAUGCUAAGUGGAGAGUUCGCCUGGCAAUCAUAGAGUACAUGCCCCUAUUGGCAGGACAGCUGGGAGUAGAAUUCUUUGAUGAGAAGCUCAACACCCUGUGUAUGGCCUGGCUCAUCGAUCAUGUGUAUGCCAUCCGUGAAGCAGCCACCUGUAACCUCAUGAAGCUUGUGGAGAAGUUUGGAGCUGAGUGGGCCCAGAACACCAUUGUACCCAAAGUGCUGGGCAUGGCCAACGACCCCAAUUACCUCCACAGGAUGACCACUCUAUUCUGCAUCAAUGCUUUAUCAGAGGCAUGUGGCCAGGAGAUCACCACUAAGCAGAUGCUACCAGUGGUCCUCAAGAUGUCCAACGACCAGGUGGCCAACGUACGCUUUAAUGUGGCCAAGUCCCUUCAGAAGAUCGGCCCCGUCCUUGACAGCAAUGCCCUUCAGACAGAAGUGAAGCCAGUGUUGGAGAAGCUGGCCACAGACACAGAUAUGGAUGUCAAGUACUUUGCCCAGGAGGCUAUCAGUGUUCUGGCCCUAGCAUAACAACUCUACAUGGCUGAACCAGUCAACUACCCAUCAACAAACAACAAAACAGCAACAACACACACACUUUUACAAGAUAUUUAUUGAUGUUCAGGAACAACUGGUUAAUGUAUAGAGAAAGCUGUUAACAAUUGUUUUAUCCUUUCUGUUUUCCUUUGUUUUUACUGUCCAUGGUAGUCCAUGUUCAGGCAUCGCACAGGCUUCUUUGUUAAUCUUCCUCUUUGCUGUAAAUGGCCGCUUAAACAGAGGCAAAGUGUGAUGAAGUUGCAUUAAGUGGUGCAUGCUGACUAAUGUGCUGCUGUAGCUAGGCAUCGCUAAUCAGAGCCCCUUUCACAUUCCUCCCUUUUCCAUCCUUGGCCACUGUUGUACUUUAGCCACUGUCAUUGCAGCCUACCACGUCUAUGUUCGCUACCUAGCACUAGGGCCGUGCUAGCUCCGUGUGCUGCUGUACAUGUCCCCCCCCCAGCGCUAGACACAAACUUUGAGCAGCAGAUGGUGGAACAAGCUGUUUGUUUUGCCAAGCCUCCUCUCAGAUCAGCUCGUCUGUAGCUCUCUUGACCCUAAAACACUGGUGUGGCUCCGAAAAAGCAAUCGGAGUUUCCACCAAGUAUAAAGUUUUGGACUAAGAAAUGGCAGGAGUGUCCCAUCACCGCAUGUAAUCUGAGCUCCUUGCAGUGAUUGCAUGUACUGAUUAAUCUCAAAUGGUGUCCUUUCCCAGCUCCAUUUACCAUUCUACCCUUGUACUCUGGCAGUUUGCUCUGGACAGCAGCACAGAUUGGACUGGUCGAACAGAUGAAUAUAACAGGACCAGCUCCGUCGUCUGCUGUUGCUCAGAAUUAUCCCUCCACGAGAUCUUUAGUGAUUUAGGGGAAAUGAGUAGUCGUGGUGUUUUCUGCAAUACGUUCUCUGCAUCGCUCUUAAUCUUUGUGCCAACGGCUUUAACAAACAGUGUUUUCUUCUGGUAUGCUUGGGUUCAACUGUUUGCACCUGUCCUAUAAGAAGUAGAGGUGUUUUCCAUAAGGGACACAUUAUUCCACAUUAUUCACGGUAAAACUGAAUUUGACGACAGCUUCCUAAUGCCAUAGGCUUAACAAAACCUUGCCACUCCUCGUGUCCUAGAGCCACCAGACCACGCCAAGUCCUCCACUGUUUGGAUAUUUUCCAGCACAAGGACACUGACCUCAGCUGACUUCUGCUUAGAAAUGGAAGCACAGUGGAGAACGAGCGCUUGGUGUCAUAGAAAGUGUGAUGGAGACAUGAAGCAUGUGUACGUAAGGCUGCAUAAUGUUUUAUUAUGGGAUGGGAGCGGGGGUGGUUAUGGGUGGGUUGAAUAAAUGUAUCAUCUGUGUUUAAGAAAUGAAACUUUUGUCUUUCCCUGAUCCCCUCCCACCGUUCCUUCUCUCCUUCCCCUCUCAUUUUGUUCUCUUGAGUAAACCUUGACUGUUGAUUGUCCUGUAUCACAAAGACUGUGCUUUUAUUUUUAUUUUGGAUUCUCUCCACAAUUGGGAUGCUGUACUACUGUAUCUUGAUCUGAAUAAAGUAACAAAAAGGAA